CACAAAAAUAAAUUAUAUGUCAGAAGCUUUAAACAUUGAUCUAGUUUAAGUUCAGUUCUUCCUUGUAGAUUCCCGUUUGUUCAGGAAUAGGAUCUAAUCAAAUCAGAAAUAUAUCGUAUUAUAAUACCAUACAAUCUGCAAUUAUUUGUAAGAAUUAUGAAGAUUUUCAGUUAUUGAAGAAUUGCAUAAGCAAUUGUUAAGAAAUAGAAUUGUUGUGAUUAACUAAUCUUUUAAUAUGCCUGCGCUUGUUGUACAAUUCUAGCUUGAUAAAGCUUUUUUUUUUUUUUCCCCACAAAUUCUUUUCUAGAAAUGAUUCGGGAAAUUAUAGUUGUCUUGGUGAUCGGUUUUCUGGCGUGGGCAUAUCAAGCUACCAUUCCUCCACCUCCGAAAAUCUGUGGCUCUCCGGGCGGCCCUGCCAUUACGGGACCUAGAAUAAAGCUGAGGGAUGGAAGGCAUUUAGCUUACAAGGAGCAUGGCUUGCCAAAACACUUGGCCAAACAUAAGAUUAUAUUUUUCCAUGGUUUUGGCUCCAGCAGGCAUGAUGUAGUCAUUGCAGAGAACCUCUCUCAAGAAGUUGUUGAGGAACUUGGGAUAUACAUAGUGUCAUUUGACAGACCAGGAUAUGGAGAGAGUGAUCCGAAUCCAAAGAGAACAAUAAAGAGUUUGGCAUUGGAUACAGAAGAGCUUGCUGAUCAGUUAGGACUUGGAUCCAAAUUUUAUGUUGUUGGACAUUCUAUGGGAGGCCAAACAGUUUGGAGCUGCCUCAAGUACAUCCCUUACAGGCUUUCUGGAGCAACACUAAUUGCUCCAGUUAUCAACUACUGGUGGCCUGGAUUUCCCAGAAACUUAUCAAAAAAAGCUUACAACCUGCAGUUAGCACAGGAUCAAUGGGCUCUUCGUGUUGCACAUCACGCUCCAUGGCUUACCUACUGGUGGAACACUCAGAAAUUAUUUCCUGCAUCUGCUGUUGCAGCUCGUCACCCUCAGAUUUUCUCUCCUCAAGAUAGACAAAUUCUCCCUAAGCUUGCUGGGAGGAAAAGACACAAGUCACAAGUACUUCAGCAAGGAGUAUUUGAGUCCAAUCAUCGCGACCUGAUGAUAGGGUUUGGGAGAUGGGAAUUUGAUCCGAUGGAUCUCCAGAACCCUUUUCCUAAGGGUGAAGGCACCGUUCACAUAUGGCAUGGUGAUGAAGAUAGGCUGGUGCCAGUGAUCCUUCAACGCCACAUAGCGGAAAGACUUCCAUGGAUUCAAUAUCAUGAGUUACCAGGUUCUGGACACUUCUUUCCAUAUGUAGAUGGGAUAGGUGAAUCUAUCUUAAGGGCUCUUUUACUUGGUGAGGAAGGCUCAUGUAUUUCUUGCAAAGGAAGGAAUUAACACUGCGGUGCUUGCUUUCCAGAAGGCACAAAGCAAUUCAUGGAUGUUUUUUGCCUGCUGUGAAAGCAUAUAUAUCUUUCUGUAUAAAUUAUUUGCUAUUCAUAUGACUGCUUGUAUAAGUGAUUCUAAUUAGUAUGACUUUUCUGAUAACCGAACUGUUAUUAGUACUAAUAGAACAAACUCCAACCAAGAAAUAAUUAGUGUGCAGAAGAUUCUAU